CUCGGGCUCCCCGCUACAAAUUCACUCUUAUGUUUUACACUCUACAGUCCUAUAGUUGAGGAUACGAACGGUCACUGAAUACUACGGGAUUCGUUGUUAACGAAACAACGCCGUUGUUUCUUCAUUGUCUCUACAAAUUUCCGAUACAUUAAGGAUGAGCGAUGAUGAUCGUGACAUUGAUAUCGAAAGCGACGAUGGCGACGAUUCGGAUUCCAGACUGAGACACCCCAACAAUUCGCAAUACUACUCUCAGGCAGAAAAAAGAGCGCAUCACAAUGCUUUGGAGCGAAAGCGACGGGACCACAUCAAAGACAGUUUUUCCAGUCUUAGAGACUGCGUACCGGCCCUGCAGGGGGAAAAAGUCGCGAGCAGGGCGCAAAUCUUAAAGAAAGCAGCAGAGUACAUUCAAUUCAUGCGGCGUAAAAAUACAUCCCAUCAGCAAGACAUCGAUGAUCUCAAGAGACAGAAUAAUCUUCUGGAGUCUCAAAUCUGUUUUCAAGUUCGUGCGUUAGAAAAAUCCUCGCUUACUGGCUACGGUGAAACCUGUGAAGUGACCAAGUCUGAAGUAAGUGGAAUGAGUGGAUACAACGAUACAGAGUCAGAGUCCUCCGACAGCGAGACUGGCCAAGCAAUCCGGCAGCCAAAGAAGCUAAAGGUGGCCGGCCUGCAUCAUUGACGAUACUCCGUACUUUCCUUUCUCUUGAUACUUUUAUUUUCGUAUGCUCGUCUCACAAGAUAUUUGUAAGUAAGACAGUUGCGUGUGUAUUGUGCAAUGGUGGAUAGAUAGGUACUUAUUUAAGUAAAUAAUCAUAAAUGAUCAUGUUCUGUAGUAUACUUGUAAUAUAUAGCGACACUGACGAGUGCAACAAUUGUCCACAAAUAUACGAGCAAAGAUGACAUGAACGCCACCAAAUGUCUUACAUCUCAGUACUAUUGUGUUUGCAAAACUUACUGUAUAUAAAUUUAAGUACAUAUUAAGCAACAAUUGUAUCAAUAUAAAUUAUGUCCAUUCCGAUGGAUUUGAGCUAAGUAUAGUCUUUCGACUUUGCGCGCAGUUUGUCAACAAAACAUGGAUAAUCAUAAUUGUCAAAAAUUAUGUAGCGACGUCCCGACCGUUUUAUCAUACUUUUAAUAUUGUCUUGCGUAUCUUAUAAUUUUUAAUUAUGUUCGAUAUUUAAUCUCGAAAUUUGCUUUCGCAAUCGACCGAUUACGAUCGAUUAUUAUCGUAUUGUAAAUGUUAUCAAUAGGUCUGUUCUUUUUAGCUGAACUUCUUGCACUUGGUUCAUCUUAAUGCGAUUCAAUAUCAUGUGAUUAUACUUGAUUAUUGAUGAUGGACGAUUGAUUAUCGCGAGUACGACAUUGAUGCGCCACGUCGAUAUCUUGAUAUUGUUUACGACUAUAUAUAUACAAUAUUUGCUUAAUAAAGUUUUAUUUGUAACGAA